CUUAGUGUCUUAGUAUAAACAAAAUUUAAAAUGGAUUUCAGAAGCCUCAGGAGAAAACCUCUUGCAUCACUGCGAAGAUGAGUCCUUGACUGGGGCCGUAAAUAAUUUUUGGAAGAGCCAAAAAAAUUUUCCAGAUUUUGAAGUAUCAGAUUUGCUGCAUCCAGAUCCAAUGGUCAUCUUGAAGGCCCAUGGGUAAAUUUUCCCUUUUCCUCUUGGAUAGGAGGGAAUUUAAAAAAAGAGGAAGGCAAUUUAUUAUAUUCCACUUUUGGCUAUUUGGAUGAAGGGGUAAUAAUACAACCAUAAACUAGUCCUGAAAUCAUAAAAUUGGCGAAG